ACUGGAUUGUUGCAGUAAAUCCAGUUAUUCUGUAAUGAACCAUUAUUCUAGCCUCCACAUCAUUUACUAGAGAAAUCAACUGUUCCCUCCUUCCACUAGCAAGAAACUGACAUUGCCUCCAUACCUCUCAUUAAAAUUCACAGAACGGCAACAUAAUGCUAGACCAGUGUUUUGUGGACGCUCUGGGGGUCACCGAGGACUGGGUUGGGAAACACUGAGCUAGACUGUUGAAGGUUGGUGAGCACAUACCUGCUCCUGCUUUCAGUUUCAAGAUUAAGUGAAUAUGUUUGACUUACAGUCAGAUCAGUAUUAUUCAGUUGUUUGUUACCAUGAUCUAUGGUGGUUUUUUUUUAUUAAAAAGUUUAGCACCUUGGCUGAGUUCCUUUCAAUGACGUGGGUGUGUAUGUGUUGACCAUGCGCCUCUAAGGUACCAUGUGUUUAUGCAGCCUGCCUGGGGUUUUUGGCUGCCUGCUACGUAUAAAAGGGAGCUUCAGGGAUAGCACGUCCCAGAUAGAGCUGAGUGGCUCCUAAUAUCUGCAUGAGAGACCUCAUUUCUUCUUACUUUAACCAGUCCACAGAUGACUCUCACUGGCACUGGCCAUCGGUUUAAGGCACAGAAUGUUGUCGUCAUCUUUGCAGAAAGUUGUGUGAUAGUGGCAAAUGCACACAUUCACCAAAUGACUAUGGCUGAUUUGAUUAAAGUAGAGGAAGAGGUGGGUGAAGAGGGCCUGAGAAUGAAUUUAGGCAAAGAAGAAACAGCCCAAAAUGAGGUGGAGAUGUUGGAGACACCGGUGAUUGGCAGUCCCAACAACGAACAAGGAGGAGGAUUAAGGCCAGCUGCAUUUCGAUUACCCAAUUGUGACAGGCCCUUCCAGUGCAGCCAGUGUGGAGUUGCUUUCACGCAGAAAGGCAACCUCUUGCGGCAUAUCAAGCUGCACAGCGGGGAGAAGCCCUUCAAGUGCCCCUGCUGCAGCUACGCCUGCCGCCGCCGCGAUGCACUGGCAGGCCACCUCCGCACACACUCCGCUGGAAAACCAUAUAACUGCAACUUCUGUGGGAAAAGCUAUAAACAGCGUUCAUCAUUGGAGGAGCACAAGGAUCGCUGUCAUAACUAUGUGGAAACCAUCGACACAAACAUCUUGGCCACAGAGGAAGUGAAAGGUGGCACAGAUAAGACAUCUUUGUUAGAAGCUGUUUCCUUGGUGCCUUUCAACCAACCACCAGUAACUGAACGACUGCCAAGCACUGUAGGGAAAAGGAAAAGCACUGUACCACAGAAGUUUGUAGAUGAAAAGCUGGCGUACUACAGCUACCAAGCCAGCCUUAAAUAUGAGAAGGAGGCAGAGCUACUGCAAGCUCACAUAAUGGACCAUGCUAUUAGCAAUGCUAUCUCUUAUUUGGGCACCAAUGCAUUAAGGCCUCUUGUCCAUCACCCAACACUUUCAGUGACAGACAUCGUGCCUAUAGUCAACCCUCUCUAUACACAUAUGUAUCAACUAGGGCCCCAAAUGGAGCAGGCUAACAGGCAGACUGUUUUACCUCAACCAUCCAUUCAAUUAGAUUCCCCUUCCUCCAUCAACAGCUCUUUGUCCCUCAUUCGGCCUAAGAAUAGUCUGACUAACCAGGAGGAGUCCCCCUGUAACAGUGGCACUGAAUCUGCUACCUUCAAUUUCAACAGUCUACAGGAUAGGCCUGGCAGCUCCUCUAAUCAUGUUCCCUACCUCAGGUAUAGCAUGACGGUUGGUAAAGAAGAGGUGCAGGAGGUGGGGCCAGGUUGCAUGGAUGCCUCUUUUGACCAUUGUAUCACCAGAAAUGUUUACCGCGUCUUUAGCAGGGAAGGCAAGGAGAUGAGAACCUUUAAGUGUGAGCAUUGCCACGUGCUCUUUCUUGACCAUGUCAUGUACACUAUCCACAUGGGCUGCCAUGGAUACCGAAACCCUUUGGAGUGCAACAUAUGUGGUCGCUGCAGCCAAGAUCGCUAUGAGUUUUUCUCGCACAUUGUCCGUGGAGAGCAUAUCUUUCACUAGAGCGGUGAAUUUCCAUGUACUGUUUGAGAAGUGUUCCUGGAGGACAUCUGCAUAUUUUCAGCCUCCAAGUAAAUGCUGCCUAUGAGGACAUACUGUAUGUGCAUUUAUAGCAAUUCUUAUUAAGCCCAUUUAAAUCUACUGUAACAAAGAUGACACCUUUCGGAAUCAAAGAUUCUGUUUUAUUGGAAUGCAUAGAAUAAUCAAUUGUGUGAAGAUUUAAAUGUCAUGACUACCAUUCAUUUGUGGGUGGUUAUUAGUCUAAUGCUUCUUUCUCUAGAAUGGUAUACCGUUGAGCAUUUGAACACUUUCAUAGAACAUCCACAUAAAUGGUUUUAAGAUACCCUAAAUUUGCAUAUAUUGACGAUGAUAAAAAGUCAUGUCAUUUGUCACUUUAACUGAGACUUUGCACUAGUAAGUUGGAGCCAAACAUGGCUACCUCCAUUUUCAUAGGCUUUGGUUUUUGAGCAAGCCUCAAUAUUUAAGUUUUACAUGUCUUUUUAUCAUUUAAAUGUAUGGUAAUUAUUUAUAAAACCACUAUACUAUAUAAAACAACUCAGUGGUCUAAUGUCUAAGUUGUAUGACAAAUGUUUCUAGAUUUUAUUUAUUCUUCUUAUUAUUUUGUUAAGAAAGAAUCAGAAUUAUACUCCCAUCCUAUGUGUAAGGAAUUUGCAUGUUCUCUCUGUAUCAUGUGUGUUUCUUACUGCAGACAAAAGACAUGCAAUAGGGUGAACUGGUAUCGCAAAAUUGCCCAUAGCAUUGCUUGUGUGUGUGUGCCCUGUGAUGGACUGACAUCCUAUCCACAAUUUACCCGCAGCCUCGCACUGGUGCUACUUGGGAUAGACUGCAGGCUCCAAUGACCCCGGUCUACAUAAGCAUUUGGAAUGUGUGAGGUUUGGAAUUAGGCUUUAUAACUGUUACCAAAAGACAGCUGGCACUCUCUAUAUUUACUUUUCUGAUACUUUGUGUGAACAAUCUGUGAAACAUGCAAUAGCUUCUAUUUUUAUCACCUUGUGUGUAUGUAAGUAAGGUUUACUUAAUCGUUGAAAUUGAAAACUUGUCUUGCCGCACAUUUUUGGUUCUGGGGCUUAUAGUAGUGCCUUAUAAUUAUGCUAUUGUAUAUUGGCCACAAUUCUUUAGACUAUAUUAUAUAAUUAUAAUUUCGUUUUCAAUAGUUGUUCAAUUUUCACAUUGAAUGUGUAUAUUUUAUUUACAUACAUUACAUUCUUUUUAUUUCUUGUGUUAUUCAUUUUUAGUCAUAUUUUGAUACAUAAAUGUAAAACUAUCAAUCACAAAACAAUUCCUUAACUGAUUUUGUUUAAACAUGCCAAACUGUAGUAAUAUAUAUGUCCUACUGGAUUUAUAGCAAGACUGAUUAUGUAAUGUGGUUACAUAAUAUUCAUUUUUCUCUUCAUAUUGAUUUUUUACUUAGGAAAAACUAUAAAAAUUCAGUAAAGUUAAUUAAUUGUGGGACUUUAAACAUUUUGCAAGCAUUGCAUGGAUUCUGUACUGUAUAAUUUACAUGUUGCUAAUAAUCUGUGAACCUGCUGAAGUUUAUUUGCUUUUCGCUGUGCUGCAGUUAUGCGACUGAAGAUGGAAUGUACUAGUUUUCUUUAAAAAAUGUACGUCCCUUUACAGUAAACCUUCUUAAAAUGAAUACAGUGCCAAUUGCGAAACAUAAUGGAAAAAGUAGAAGAAAAUAUACUUGACCUGGAGUCUGUGGCACAAGUUGUACCUUUUACAUGAAUUAUGUAACAUGUUUUUCUUUCCAAACAAUGGUAAAAUGCAAAAUAAUGUUCUCUUUCUUUCUCAAAUGAAGCAAUUUCAUGAUCA